AUGAGUUCGACGAAUGAAAACAAAAAGGACCUUCAACAAAAUGAUGAAGAAGGGGUAAUAGGAGAGUCAACAAAUUUGAAGAGAAAAAAUGAAGGGUUUUUCGUCCGAAACUUUAAAAGAUUGAAACAUAAAUUGCAUGAAAAGGAUGAGGAGGGGAAUAAAGUCGGGGGAAAUAUGGGGGAAGAGCAUAAUGUCCAGGAACUAAAUAAUAAUGACAUCGUAACAAACACAAAUGAUCUAAAGACGAACUCAGCUUUUUCAAAAAGUGAUACGAUUGGAGAUAUGGAUAUUUCAAACAAUUACAAGUACAACAAAAAAAGUAAAAAAAUUAUAGAUGAAGAUUAUGGAAAUGAUCGUGAAAAAAUAGAAGAGAAGGAAGAGUACAAAGAGGAAGACAAUAAUAAUAAUUAUAAUAGUCAUAAUAGUGAUGAUAAUGAUGAUAAUUAUAAUGAUAAUAGAAAUAGAAAUAAUAGUGGUAACAAUAACAACAAUAAUGAUAAUGGUAACAGUAGUAAUAGUGAUAAUAAUAAUAAUAAUAAUAGUAUUAAUAAAAAUGUCAAGUCUAUAAACGAUAAUAGCAAAAUUACUAUUAAAAAGUCGACCAAAUAUGAUAGCACAAAAAAUAAAAAUGAAAUAAAAGCAGUAAAUAAUAGUACAAACGAAACAGAACAGACUAAAUGUAAAGACAGGGAGCUAAAUGUACUAAGUGAGAGAGUAAUGAAGCGAUUCAAAAAAAGUAAGAAGGAGAAAGGUUUUCACAAGAAAAAGGGGGGGGAAAUGUGGGGAGAAGAUGAAGAAGAAGAUGAAGAAGAAGAUGAAGAAGAAGAUGAUGAAGAAGAAGAGGAUGUUAAGAAAGGAAAGAAUGUUGAGGGAAAAGAAGAGAUGAAAGAGAAAGAAGUUGAGGAUGAUAAUGACGUUGAGGAUGAUAAUGAUGUUGAGGAUGAUGAUGACGUUGAGGAUGAUGAUGACGUUGAGGAUGAUGAUGACGUUGAGGAUGAUGAUGACGUUGAGGAUGAUAAUGACGAUGAGGAAGAAGAAGAAGAGGAAGAGGACGCUGAAGCGGAUGGUGAUGACGAUGAAAUGAGGGGAUUUAUUGUCGAUAGUGAAGAUGAAGAAGAUGAGGAAAAGGAUGAAGAAGGAAAAAAAAAAAAAAAAAAAAAAUAUGACUAUUUCGAAAAUAAAAGUUUAGAUGAAGAAGAUUUAGAACUCAUUGCAGAAAAUACUGGUAUGCAAGUUAUAAGAAAUGAAAAAGACACAAAGCACAGAAGAUUAAAAAAAAUGAAAAAUGUAGAUGAUAAUGAUUUAUAUAAUGACCAUCCAAAAAAUGAUAAUGAAAAUAAAAUAGAUCAUUUGAAAGACAAGGAUUAUUUUAUUGAUGACAGUGAAACUUCUUUAAAAAAGCAGAAAGGAGAAUCAAAAAGUAAUUUAUUUAAUUAUGAAGAAAAUAUGUCAGAUACAAGAGAAAAUGAAAAUGAAGAAGAAGAAGAAGAGGAGGGGUAUCCUAUGUCUUCAGAUAAUAUUUAUAAAACCGAUUCAUAUAUACAUGAGAUGAUUAGCCAGACGUUUGGGGAUGUGAACACUGUUUUAGAUAUUAUUAACAUUUCUCCAGUUAAAAAAAAAAAAAAAUAUGAUUAUGAAAAUGAUGAGGACGAAGAAGAUUAUGAAGAAGAUCAAGAAGAAAAUCCGGAAGACCUUUUUUCUAAAGAUAUGAUAUUAGAUGAUGAAGAUUCUAGUCGGAUUAAGAAAAAGAAAAAAAAGAGAAUAGUUAGUUUCUUUGACGAGAUCAAUGAAAACUUGAAAAAAAAAGGAAUGGAAGAGGAUUCGGAUUAUGAAGUAGAUUUGGAUAAAGCAGAAAAUGAAAAGUAUGGAGAUGGGGGUGAGGAUGGGGAGAUAGAACAAGAGGAGGACGAUGAGGGUGAGGAAGAAGAAGAAGAAGAGGGUGAAGAUGAUGAUGAGGAGGAAGAAGAUGAAGAGGAUGAAGAUGAAGAAGGUGAUGAUGAAGCGGAUGAGGGGGAUAGCGAAGAAGGAGAUUAUCAAGAGGAAGAAAGUGAUAAUGAACUUUAUGAAGAGGAGUACAAAAAAAUAUGUGGAGAGGAAUAUGAAGAUUAUGAUGAUUAUUGUGAAUAUGAUGAAUAUGCGGAGGUGCCAUAUUACGAAGAUGAGAUGUAUAAUGAUGAGGGGUAUAAGGGUCAGCAGUAUAAAGACGAGGAGUAUAAAGAUGAGGUGCAUAAGGAUGAGACGUAUGAAGAUGAGAUAUAUGAAGGUGAUACACAUGAAAGAAAGAAAAAAAAAAAGGUUUUGAGCAUCAUGGAUGAAGAUGCUCUAGAGAAAUCAAAAGACACUUCUAAUCUAUUCAAUGAUGAAGCAAUUAUUGUUUGUAAAGAGAAAGGGAAAAAAUUUAUGAAAAGAAAGAAGAAAAAAAAAAAAAAGAAAAAAAGUUUCGAUAUAAUAUCAAGUAAGUGGAAAACUUUUGCUGAACCUGAUGAAACGUUAAAUCAAUUGUUAACAAGAAAAGAUGACUUAAUCAGAUAUUCAGAUAUUCCAGAAAGAUAUUAUUUUACCUAUAAAAAGAGAAAAUUUAAAAUGACUAAGAAGUUCAUACUUAUAGAAUCAAAAUGGAUAGUAAAUAAGUUGAAAGAAAAAUAUCCCAACUAUUUUACAUAUAAAAAUUUUGAAAAAAUAAUUGAAGAGAAUUAUGAUAAUAUAUAUGAUGAUGUAAAUGUGAAUGAUUUCUUAUGUGACAAUUUUUUAUUAAAAAAGUGUAUAUUAAUUUUAAAUAUGAUGAUAAAAUAUAAAAAUGAAAUUCCAUUUAUUUUCUUUCACAAAUCUUAUUUGAUAUACCCUCCAUUCAAUUUAAAUAUGGUAUGGGAUAUACAUGAAUUAGACAAAGUUUGGUAUAAAAAUUUUAUAAAGAUAAAAAAAUUAAAAAGUAAGCUUAAAAUUUUGAAUAGUAAGACUUAUAACAACAUACAUUCCUCUGUUUUUGAUAUCAUGAAUAAAUACAACGAGAUGUAUUAUGAAGAUGUUAAUAUAUAUUAUUAUUAUAUUAAAAAUAAUUUAAUUAAUGAUGGAAAUAAUCAAGAGAACACUGGUGGCAUAUUAAGUAUCAAAGAUGAUAAGGAUCUUUAUGAUGAGCACAACAAAAAUGGGGGAAUUCUUCACGAGAGUAGAGGUGGCAUAUACCCUUUGAACAAUAAAACAAAUGAAGAUAACAAGAAUGAGCAAAAGGAAAGAAAAGACAAUAACAUAAAUGAAAAGAAAUAUGACGAUAAUGCUAACAAUGAGAGUGAUGCUUAUUUAAAGGAGGACCUAUUUGGAGACAGCAUGAUAGAGGACAAAAGGGAUGAAGAGGAAGAGGAAGAGGAAAGGAAAGGAAAGAACAAGGAAAUGGAAAACGAAAAAGAGGCAAGUGGAAAAAAAAGCAUUGAAGAGAAAGGAAGUGAAAAAAAAAACAAUGAAAAAAGCAUACCAGGUUUGCUAUUUGUAGAAUAUGUAAAAAAAAAUAAGUUCAAUGUAUGGGAUGACUAUUUGCUGACAACGGAACAAUUUUACGAAAACAUUUCUUAUAUGUAUGAUUUAAUUAAAAACGAAAAAAUUAGUCCAACAGAUGAGGAAGAUAGUAGCAACAAUAACAAUAACGGCAAUCUUAACCACUAUGGUGAUAGUAGUAAAAGCAAAAGAUAUCCAGUGGAAAUGCAAAACAGCUACUCUAGUAAGGUAAAGGACAAGAACGAAAAAGAUUGUCUAACCAUUUUUAAAUUUAACUGUUCAAAGAUAAAAAAUAUAGUAACUAAUGUACCAGAUAUAUAUGGGAAUGAUAUGAAUAUACAAAAUCAAGUUGAAGAUUGGUGUAGAAGUUUUUUUUCAAGAGAAGUAGCAAAUAAUAAAGAUAUUUUUAAAACUCUUAUUUGCUAUUAUUCCAAGUUAUUAGCUUCACAUCCUGGCAUAAAGUAUAUCCUUCGCUUCUUCUUUUUGAAAUAUGCUUCUCUAACAACUGUAAGCACAAAUCAAGCUGAAGUACAUGUGGAUGUAUGCAACACAGAUUAUUUGGCUUAUCGAUUAUAUAGGUUUCCUGUUCAUCAUCUGCUGAACUAUUCGAACACAAAAAAAGUUAGCACUAACAGUGGAAAUAAUAGCAUCAGCAUGAGCGGAAAUAAUAGUGUUAUCAACAAUGAUAAUAAAUAUGUUACAUCGAAACAGGAGGAUGAUACGAAGAGGAAUAGAGCUACCCCAUUUAACGUAACACAUGAUCCCUGUUAUGUACAUAACUACAAUGUAGAUUUCUUUAAUACACAAUUAGACGAAAGUGGUAUUAACAUCGAUUCCAAAAAAAGAGAGUUAGAGGAUUAUUACAAUAUGCAUAGAUAUAAACAUAUAUAUUUAGAAAUUCUUAAAAAUAAGGAGAAUAAACUAGUUCAUCUAAUUAUUCAUCCUAUAUUACCACAUGAAAAUGUACCAUGGAAAAGUGACGAUUUUAAUGAAAGAGAGAAAUGUAAAAAAAAAAAAAAAAAAAAAAAUGAAAGGGACUUGAAAAGUUAUUUUGAAAGGGAAAAAAACAAAUUAAUGAAAUCAGAGAUAUUAGACAAUGAAUGGAUAAAUAAUAUACUACAACAAUUGUCAUAUGCAUAUUGUUAUAAUUGUAUGGAAAAUAAUAAUAUGUUUGUUUAUAUACAAAAGAAAAUUUUAAAUAACUUUUUAUGCGUCGAAUUGUUACCAUUAUUUAAAAAAAAUUUAGAAAAUUUGUUACUAGCAAGUGCACAAAAUUGGCUCAUGGUUUAUAUACAUCAGUCCUUUUAUUUAACACUUAACGUUAAACCUAUUAAAAUAUUUAAAAAAUUAGAUAAGAAAUUGGGUAAAAAAUCUGACAAAAAAUUGGAUAGAAAAUUAGAUAAAGAAUUAGAGGAAGAGAAGCGAAUAAUUAAAAAUAGAAAAAGUAGCAGAGAAAUAAUUGACACAUUAAAUGAUAGGGAGGAUGAAUAUUCAUCCGAUUACAAUAGAAGCAAAGAUUCAUAUACGAAGUAUCAUGAUGAGGAUGACGAGGAGGAGGGGAAAGAAGAAUACGAUGAUGACAACGAAAAUGAGAAAAAACGUGUAAAGAAAAAUAAUAAAAAAAAUUAUUACACAGAUGAAUCAUACAGCAGUGACCAGUCACAUAGAGACAACAAAAUAAGAAAAGAAGAGAAAAAAAAUAAAAUAAAAAAAAGCAAGAAAAAGAUAAAUCACAAAACAGAUGAAAAAUAUAUCAAGAAUUCGAACAAGUCUGAUUUGUUUAAUUCGUCUUAUUCUUCAGAUAACAACUCCUAUAUAUUAGAUGAUGAAUUAAAAAAAAAAAAAAAAAAAAAAAAAGGAAAUGAUUAUAUGAAAAAUAUAAGUUACGAUAAUUACUCGGAUAAAUCAGAAAAAAGUUAUAUAUCUAACAAAAAUGAAGAAGAAAAAAAAAAAAAUUCUAUUUUGAAAAAUAUUAAAAAAAAUCAUAAUGUCUAUGAAGUAGUGUCCAUAAUAUGUGAAACUAUUCACUUCGGCAUAAGGUUGCAUAUAAUGGCAUGUGAUAUAUAUGGAGAUAUUAUUGAGUACAUAUACCUAGAUAACAUAUAUUUAGAUGUUAUAAAAAAGGAAAAUUUGCCUGUUGAACAAGAAAAAAUUACAAAAGAUGUUAAUCUAUUUAUAUCCUUUUUAAAAAAAAUUAAACCAGAUGUAAUAGUUAUUGGAAUUAGAGAUGUGCAUUCCUAUCUCCUUUAUUUGUACAUACAAAAUUUUGUUAAUAAUAAUAUGCAAGUAAAUAGUACAAAGGAAGACUUACUCAAUACGAGUACCCGUAAUGGUAGUAACAUACAUACUAGUAGUAUUGAUAAUGGAAAUAACAAAUACAUCGUUAUAGCGGAAAAUAUGUAUAUUCCCUGUAUAGUGACUAAUAGCAUAAAAUUUAGUGUGGAUUUAACAAAUAAAUAUUCAAGGGAAGCUCUUAUAUGUUUAUCCCUCUGUAGGUUUGUGCAAAAUCCGUUAUGUGUCAUUAUUUCUUUAUUUGAGGAAGAAAACAAAAAUAUGUUUAACAUCUGUUUGCAUGAUUUACAAAAAUAUGUGUGCAGCUACAAGUUAGAAUCAUUAUUUUAUAGAAUUAUUAUAGAUAUUGUAAAUAAAACUGGGUGUGAUAUAAAUUUUGUAAAAAAGAAAAAAAAACAUUUAGGAAAUACGAUAAGUUAUAUUGCAGGAUUAGGGUUAAGAAAGAGAGAAGAGUUAAUGAAAUUAUUACAUAACAGAAACUUAAAUACUCGAGAAGAUUUGCUGACCUUGUCAGCUAAUAAAAAUUUAAUAGGUAAAUGUGUGUACCGAAAUUGCUCAUCAUUUAUUAGAAUUAUUGGAAAUGGAGAUGAAUAUGUAGAGGCUUUAGAUAAUACUAGAAUACAUCCAUUAAACUGCUAUGAUUUGAUACAAGAAUUAUUUAAAAAUUCUGUUGAUAAGAAGAAUAAUUUUUUAAAAAAUAAAAACACCUAUGACAUUGUGAAUUAUAUUAUUGAUAAAAAGAAGCUUAUACGAAAUAUUGAAAUAAAAGAAUAUGCAAGAAAAUAUUACAACGAAAAGAAAAUUUUUAUUUACCCAUAUUUGAAAUUUAUAAAGAAGGAAUUGUUACACCCUUAUAAAGAUUAUCGAUACAACUAUGAGAAGAAAACAGAAGAGGAAUUAUUUUACUUAAUCAUUAAUGAAAAGAAAGAAAAUUUAACUAUCGGUUCUGAAGUAGUUUGUAAAAUGAAUUACAUAAACAAAAAUAGUAGUUAUAUAAAAAUAACAAUAUUACCAUAUAAUAUUAGAGGUGUUAUUAGUGACUCAAGAGAAUUUUUAAGACAGUUAAGAAAGUAUUACAACGAAAGAAUGAAUUUAAUUAAUGCAAAUUUUGAAAAUAUGAAUAUUAUAAAUAAAAAUAAUUAUUACAAUCAGAAUAACAAUUUGAAGGAUGCAGAAUAUAUUAACAAUUCCGUAAUAGGGGAACUAAUAAAAGGUAGAAUAGUAUCAAUGAGCUAUAAUCUGUACAAUAAAUUUGAAACGAAUUUUCACGUAGUUGUGACUGAAGAAAAUAUUAAAAAAAUAAAAAAACAAAUAUUUAUGCAAAAUUUGAUGAAAUAUCCAUUUAAUUAUGAUAACUUAUCUCCAUUAAUAGAAUUAGAUAUCAAUCAUGAUAAUAAUACCUUUAUUGAAAAUCAUUUUAAAAAGUUAAAUGAUAAUGAAGAUUUUGAAGAUUUUGAUGAUGAUGAUGAAAAAAUUAAAAUGAAGAAUAAAAACAAAUAUUAUCAAAGCAAAAAAUUUGCAAACCAUCCAAAUUUUAAGUUAUGGAAUUAUCAUGAAAUACAUGCUUAUUUAAAACAAACGAACAUAGUUAUUGGUGAGUCUAUUAUAUACCCGUCAAAUGAGCUUAACAAAUUAUAUGUACUUAUAAAAACUUGUGAUAACCCUUUUAUUAUUGCAAAAUUUACUAUAUACGAAAAAAAUAUUCAGCAUAAUAUGCAAUAUAAUAAUAAUAUAAAUAAAAAUAUGCAGUCUUUACAACAAAUUUAUUUAAUCAAUAAUGAACAAUUUAAAUCAAUUGAUCAUAUAAUAUCCCAUUUUUGUGAAAAUUUAAAAAAAAAUUUAUUAGAAUUAUACAACCAUCCAAAAUGCAAAAGGAGGAAAACCAUUGAUGAAGUCAGAAAAGAAUUAUCUCAAGAGAGUUUAUUAAAACCUGAUAAUAUUGUAUGGGCACUUAUACCUCCAAUUAUUUUAUCACAAAAAGGUGCAAAUGAAUCAGAAAAAAAUAGUCAAGAUUUUAAUCCAUUACGGUUUACAUUAAUGGUUAUACCUCCCCAUAAUCAUCUUCAUCAGCAUUUACGUUCAAAUAAUUACAGUAAUGCAUUUCAACCGAAGGAUCUGAUAGUGCUGCAGGAUUCUAUAUAUGUUGAUCAUAAAUCUUUUAAGUUAUGGACUAGAGUGGAGAGAAAUUUUAAAAAUUUAGUUAACUGGUGGAAGGAAAAGGGAUAUUGGAACCGUCAGAAUGAAAGACUCGAAUACAUGAAUGAAAAGAAAAAAAAAAUGGAGGAAUAUAAAAAACUUAAGGGCAUCAAAAAUUGA